AUGUCUAAAAGGAAUAAAAUAAGAUCUGUUGGCACAGGUCCUUUUUCCCCGCAUAAUAGUUUAGGAAGCCUAACUGAUAAACCAAAAAAAUCACGUUAUAGAGGAAUACCAAUCAAGGUUCUGAGUCCUUCUGAUCAUGGUAGUCUCACUAAUAAUCUUCCAAAAAGCUCAUCGAGUUUCUCCAACAAAUAUAGCCAGCUUCUUAAUGAAGAUCAUCACGAAGCUCCUCCCGUGGUGGGGGUAUCCUCUAGCGAACAGACAAGGAGCAAACUUAAAGGCAAAAAGGAGAUUGGGGUAUUUGACUUAUUUGGCGAGUCACCAGUUUCAUCUCAGGGAGACGCAGGAAAACUUUCGAAACUAAUACCCAGUAUACUGUCAAGAAAUUCCAAAACAUACACCUCUUCACUAAUCAAAACCAAACCAAAACCAGCCCCAAAAGUAAUUGGAAUUUAUUCUUCUGACGAGGAUUCUAAAUCUAAAACUGAUAAAUUGAGGUGGCCGAGGACCGAGAAACCAGGCAAUAGAUCAUUUUCUACCAUCAGAAUAGAUGCAGAGGCUGUAAAGCUGUUUAAUGAAAAGGCAAGUUUCCAUGCCACAAAUGUGCUUUUCAACACCAGUCAUAUCGAGUCUAACGCUUUCAAUUGUGAGCCCACCCAGAGUUUUCACGUAUUUGUUCAGCUGCGAAAUCUUGUCAUCAGGAUCAAUGACCUGAAAAACUUUUCCAUGUCUCUUGCGUACGACAUAAAAGAGUUAUGGACCAAUGGUUCACAUUUACUAAUCAUUCUUGAAGAUGACCAUAAAUACAGUGAAAUUAAAAAACUGGAGCAAUUUGGGAAUGCCAUGUUUUCAUGUAUCCUUCUUGUUAAUAUUAUGCUCCCUGAUGAUGAUGAUGAGGAAUUUCCAUUCUCUAAUAGAAAUAAUGAUUUUCCAUCGAUUAAUGUGGUUGACGAUGCUGAUGUAUUACUACUGAAAUUCAAUAGGACUUUAGAUGGCCAGAUAUCUGAAACGUCCCCACAAUUAUUCAAACAAUUCUCUUCCAGCAAGUUUUUAACUAAGAAAAUGAAGUCUUUGGAAAUGGGGUCUCGACGUGCUCCUUCUCGUGGGCAAAAGAUAGGGAAACCAAUGCUAACUCCUUCGGAUCCUACACCAACACAGAGUUUCUACUCAUCAGCUAAACGGCAAACGCGCACCAAGGGACCGGCAGAACCUAUUUUCCUUGGAUCUUCACGGCAUAACCCUAAAGUUGAAAUCGAUUUAGAUGCUGCCAGAGAGAUCAGAAAUUCUUCCAAACACGAAAGCGAAUUUAAAAAGCUUACCUUCAAGUUCUGCGAUAAAAAACUGAUAACUAUCACAUCCUCAGAUUACGGUUGUUUGUGCGAUAACCAAUGGAUUAAUGAUUCGCUUAUCGAUUUCUUUUUGAAGUACGCUGUGGAGCAAAAAUCCAACCAAGUCAAUUAUGAAGAUGUCUAUGUUUUAACCACUUAUUUUUAUACGAAGAUGAUGACUGCAAAACCAAAAAACGGAUCAAAAAAAAUUGAUUACUACGACACAAUGAAGCGUUGGUUAGCAAAAGCCCAAAUUCAUAAAUACAAAUACAUCAUUAUGCCUAUUAAUGAAGCGUUACAUUGGUACUGUGCUUUGAUAUUUAACUUUUCUAAGGUGAUUGCUACCGUACAGAGAAAACAAUCAAAAAGGGCUAAAGAGAAAAAUGAGCCGAUCGAUAAGGAAGGGGAUGGAACAACACGGAAUAUCGAUCAAGAAAGCGAGAGCGAGAGCGGGAGCCAAGAUAUCGGGAAAGAUUCUGAGGAUAAUAACAACCAUAAAAAUGAAAACGUACUGGAUAUCGAUAAAAUGGCAAACACCGGUGAUCUUAUUUUUGCAAGCAAACAUAAAAAAGAAGGAAAAUCUGAUGAAUCAAACCUGAAAGUGGUAAUAUAUUAUUUUGAUUCGCUAUCUCAAAAGCAUGAUAGUAUUGGCCCGCCAAUUGUUGAUUGUUUAAUCGGAUUUGCUAAGGAUAACUUAGGGGUUGAGCUUACUGAAGAUAUGUUUGAGAUUCGUCGCUCUAAUGUACCAAAGCAACGCAAUUUCAAUGAUUGCGGGAUUCAUGUUAUUUACAACGUCAUGCAGUUCCUUUCCAAGCCAAGCGAGUGUUUGGAUUUGUGGGUUGAAUAUCUGACGUCUAGAAAGGCCCAAGCUGCCGCAGGCCAGAUUUUUGUGAAGAAAGAACGUGACAAAAUGCGUCAACAAUUGAGAACCGAGCUCAUAGAGUUGGAAAAGAAAAAUGAGGAGGAACGGACCCUUAAAUAUGGGGAUAACAAAGAAAUACCGGAUACUGAGGGAGAAGAGGAUGAUGAUUUUGAAAUCGAAAUUGUUCACGAAUCAAAUACCAAUAGCGAUGAACAAGGAAACUUGGAAAAAGAGACCACACCCGAGGUAAAUUCAAAAGUUUUUGAGUCUCACGAAGAUUCCAAAGGACCAACAGAUGUGGCGAACGGGACUACAUCACCUAGACUGAAAGACGCAGAAAAAGAGAUAGAAGAAGAAGAAGAAGAAGAAGAAGAAGAAGAAGAAGAAGAAGAAGAAGAAGAAGAAGAAGAAAAGGAACUUUCAGGCUCCAUUUAUAAAGGAAACAGUUCAGUCGACAUUCCAGCACUGCAAGAAAUAGCUCCAAUAGAGGUCUUACCAACAUCAAACAAUAAAACAGCAGUGGAAGAUAAAGAUGAAGAUGAAGAGGAGGAAGAGGAAGAGGAAGAGGAAGAGGAAGAGGAAGAGGAAGAGGAAGAGGAAGAGGAAGAGGAAGAAGACGAGAGAGAAGAAUAUUUGGAAGAAUAUGAAGAGAGAGAACAGGAAGUGGAAGAAGGCGAUGUGGAAGAGGAAGAAGGACAAAGAGAAGAAGGAGAACAAAAAGGAGAGGAGAGAGAAGUUGAAAAAACUGCCAAAAGUUCUUCAAUACUCUCAAAAUUAAUUGAUUCAGGUUCAGAUUCCGAUUCCGAAGAUGUCUCACCUAUUGUCGAGAUUCAAAGUUUGGAAGAUGGCAACACACCAAAAGUAACACCAAGACAAUACAGCGCAGAAUCAAAUGGGUUUGUUACUGAAUCGAGCAGCGAUCCUGAUGAUAUUGCCGAAGUAACAAGCACUCCAGAUUCGGGGCAUGUUCAAGAUGAAAAAUAUGAUCAUAGCUCCAAAGAACUAACUGAAGAACCACUGGAUGGCGUUCAAUAUUAUGAGUAUCCUAGUCAAAAUGCAGAAACUCAAUUCACCGAACAAGUAAUUGAUGAAGAUGUCCAUUCUGAACCAGUGAGUGAUGGAUCACAAGGUGUUGUUGAGCGACGCUCAAAAAAAGUUUACGAUGUUGAUCUGGAUGAUGAUGCUAACUUUUUUGAUCGUGAUUUAAUCGCACGACGGAAGCCAAAGGAUACUGGAGUUGUCAUACAAUUUGAAGAUAUAUCAAACUCACCGUCUAGCACCUCGGUUCCUGUUCGGGUUUCUUCCGGAAUAGAAGAGAAUGGGCCAUCAGCUUACGAAUUACAUAAAAAUGUUGCUGAAGUACCUCAAAAUGUCAUUGACUCUCACAGCGAGGAUGAUGAGGACACAUCGGAACAACAUUUUAUAAAAGUUUCAAAGAAUGUCACUCAUCACCACAAACAUGAUAGCAAAUCCAAAUCCAAAUCCAAAUCCAAAUCCAAAUCCAAAUCCAAACACAAAUUCAAAUCCCAAAGAAAUUCUGGUCUUAUGGAAUCUCCUGAUUCCCAUAACGUUUCAAACACAAUAUUUAGUGAAAGUGGGAGUGAUAGUGAAGUUAUUGUUACAGGAGAGCUGAACGAUUUAGCGGAAAAACCUGUGUUUGGCAUCAAUAACUAUCUGAAACUGCAGAGAAAGAGGAAGCGCGGGAAGUUCAGCAUUGAUUCUGGGUCACUGAAACUUCAAGAAUUUCCAAUUGGAAAGCUUAACAAAACAUUCAAACGUUCAAAACAUUGA